UGAUUGGCUGUUUGGGAGUGCGUCACAGGGUUUCCACCGCUGUGAUUGGCUGAAAACGCUUCGUUACAGUUGCAUAGGGAUCCUGGUGCGGCUGUGGACAGCGACUGAAAAUGAAGAGUUAGCCGUUCACGAGCAACGGCAAGGCCGCCUUUACAUACAGCUGGGUGACUCCCCGCGGUGUCCUGGAGUUGCUAUGAAGGCGGGGGCCUCGUCCAUGUGGGCAUCGUGCUGUGGUCUGCUGAAUGAGGUGAUGGGGACCGGAGCCGUGAGAGGGCAGCAGCCAGGUUUUGGGGCAGGUGCGGGGCCGUUUCGUUUCGCUCCCACUGCAGGAUACUCCACAUACCCUCCCACCAACUCCACCAGCACCAGUCUGGUGUGUCAGGCCUGUGGACAAGCCUUCUCUGUCUUUAGGAGGAGGCACAUCUGUUGUGACUGUAAGAAGACUUUUUGUUCGCUGUGCUCAGUACUUCAGGAAAACCUGCGCAGAUGUACGACUUGUCAUCUGCUGAAGGGCACUGCAUUCCAGCGUCCACAGCUCAUGCGUCUGCGUGUUAAAGACUUGCGGCAGUACCUCACGUUACGCAACAUUAACACUGAUACCUGCAGGGAGAAGGAGGACCUUGUGGACUUGGUGCUUUGCCAUCAAGGGGCAGAAAGUGAGGAUGAUCCAGACACACCCUCUCUGCAGUCACGCCCACCGCCUUCAACUGAAGAGCCCACUUCCCCUCUCUCAGCACUCUCUCCAACUCAAGGAGAACCAAUCAGUAGGAGCAACAGCUCAGAGUCCACCAAUCAGGAUAUUGAGGACUCCACUUCAGUCUCACUCCUUAACCUUGACCAGACAGAACACACGCCUGAGGUUAGUCCUCAGACGCAGCGGCGAGCUAGAGCUUCUCUGUCAGACCUGUCCUCUCUUGAUGACGUGGAGCAGCUGACCGUGCGGCAGCUAAAGGAGAUCCUGGCGAGGAACUUUGUGAGCUUCUCCGGCUGCUGUGAGAAGUGGGAGCUGGUGGAGCGCGUCAGGAGGCUUUACCGAGAGAACGAGGACAAUCGCAAAUCUAUGGAAAAUGUGAGCAACCCCAUCACUGCAGUGGUAGCUUAUCCCCCUCCAAUCUGCAAUGGCGGAAUCGGAGAUGGUUGCAAAACCCAGUUAUCAAAUGACGACAACCUGUGUCGCAUCUGUAUGGACGCAAUAAUAGACUGUGUGCUGCUGGAGUGCGGUCACAUGGUCACCUGCACUAAGUGCGGGAAGCGCAUGAGCGAAUGCCCUAUCUGCAGACAAUACGUUAUCAGGGCUGUGCAUGUUUUCAAGUCUUAAUACUGCUGGGAGAACAUCCCGCUCCACCUGCGGACCGUUUUGCAUUAGAGACUCGGUGAGGAUGUGCACAGCAAGUGCCCUGUCUUUACAUUGGAUCAGUGCGGAAGAUAAAAUUCUCUGCUUAAUUUUUCAUGAAGUUUCAGGAAGCCUUCAGACAGUGGUCCGCAAUGGCUUUGUCCAUAAAUGCUUCAAUAAAAACAUUCCGCAAGCUCUUCAAAGAGGCUCUGUAAUAAUAUGCAAUUGUUCAGCAGCAACACCUCACAGCCUUGAUUUGAUGUCCUACAGCUUUGAAGACAUUCUGCUCACCUGUCACAUGCGAGCACUGUGAGAAACUCAAAAUAUUGAGAAUUACUCAUGUGUGUUCAUCAUCAUGCGCCAUAACUCAGGAUGGAAGGAUCUGAAUUUUCCUGUUGUUCUUUUAUUUCCAUUUUUGUUGCAACAUCUGUGUAUGGGCUUUUGUUUCCCGUUUGGAUUGUGUAGCCUCUAAGAUUUUUGAACAAAGUUUUGGAGUUUCUACAUGUUACAUUGUACCUCCUUAUAACUUGACACUGGUACCAUUCAGUCAGUGAUUUCAUAAGUGGCAUAAUGAACAUGUUUUGUGGUCAUUCUCUGGAUUCAGCAGUCCUGUUUUUUUAAUUUUUUAUCAUAUGACUUCCUUUCUUUGUAAAAUGUCUUAAGAACAUUUGCUAGUUUCUCAGUCACCACUGUUCUUUUGGGUCAUGCGACUUUUGAGUAUGUGACUGGAAAACCAGCCUAGAAACCUGUUGUUAAAUCAGUGUAAGUGGUGAUAAAUGAGAAGGGAUAGAACUGUUUUGUAUGCAAAGUAGGACCAUAAAUGGGCACAGUGUAACUGUGAGUCAAUAUAAUUCAAAAAUGUGCAUUUUAUGUAUGUGCAAAGUAACAAUAACUUAAUCAAAAUGCACAGUGUAAAACAAGAGGGAUGAUUAAGGUGCCAAAAUAUGCCUUUCUCUGUCUUCAGUACACUACUACAGUUGCUUUUCAGUUAUUGUUAGUACUUGAGUUGAUGUGUUUAAGUCGGAAAACUUAAAAAAAAUGAAAUGAAAAUAAGGACUCCACUUGAGAGAUGCCCAUACAAAUGAUCUACCCAUAUUUUGUAGCCACUUACUCACUUGUGUGAUAAACCUUAUUAAACGUUGCAUCAUGGCACAUUGCAUAGCGCUGACAAGCAUCAGCUGCACAAAUGAAUGCUUCAUUCAGACACCACAGCAAUACCAGCCUCUCUUUUUGUGUGGCAUUUUAGAUUAUAAGGGAUUCAUGUAAUGCUAAACUAUAUAUUCAGAUUAAUUAAAUCCUUGUUUAACCUGACAUAUCGUUUAUUCCUAUGUAUAUGCCUAUUCAGAUAAGUUUAUUUUUCUUAACAAAAAAUAACUUGAUAUUUGCUUCGUUUGGUCAGUUGCUCUGUUACUUUAAUAUAGAAUUAACAAACAAGACAAAGCAGUAUGUAUGUUCUUAGUUACCCUUGUGAUACUUAAAAGUGCUAAGAAAGAUUUGUACUGGAUUGUGAUUCUUAAAUGUCAAAUUGUUGUACUGUUUCAUUAAGUCAGUAUGAAACCAGUUUUCUUUUUGAACAUUUCUACUUUUGCACUUAUAUGUAAGAUUAUGAAAGUAAUAUGGAUUACCAAUGGCUCUUAACAUUGAAAAUGUUCCCUGCUUUAAGCAGCAUUUUAAAAUUUUAUAUUUAAUCUAAUACAGGUACAUGUAUGCAUAUAAUGAUGUACGUUUUUUGGGAAAAUAACUUCACUUUUCAAAUGUCUCACAGUAAAAUCAUUUUUUAAAUUACAUACAAAUAUAAAUAGCCGAAUGUACAUUAAGAGUGUUUUAGAUGGCGAACAAUGCCUUAAUUUAUAGUGGUAUAAGUAUGGUGGCUAAGAUCAGAUGGCACGCUGCCUCUUUCUGAUAGUCACCAUCCUGAGACAAACUCACAAUAAUACACACUAUUAAAAUCAUCUGUCAUCAUCACAGUUACCAUUUUACAAUAAUAAUCACUGUGGAAGGAAUAAAAUCACAUGACGACUUUCACAGACAAAUACUGCAUUGAUGUUCAGUGAAGUCUUUUUUGACCUCGUGGAAAAAAAAUGCAGAACUACCUGAUUGUGUUGAACAAAACAAAAUUACUGAGCUAGCUGGAAUACGUAUUCAGCAAUUUGUUUGGUCUAACACGUGUAGAACCAUGCUCUACAGAGUCAUACUGAUAGCUGAAGUUUUGCCUGUUACAGCGGUGUAAAACAACACAGAUGGAAUAUGGCACUGUUUUAUAAAUAGACCUCAAAAUAACAAAUUUCACUUCUAUAUCUGCUCUGAGAUUCGAACAGCAAGUACUUGAAAUUCAAAGCAGUCAAAACUCGUGACUGAAAAAUGCUGAUCAGAUUGGAAUAUUCCAAAACUGAUGACAUAAAAUGGACAGAUAUAUUUAAAAAUUCCAUUAUAUUAAAAAGAAAAAAAAUAGAGAACAAUACAUAUACCCAGUACUGAACCAAAUACAGCACAAAUCUGAAUUGAUACAUCUUUUAUACAAAAA